CUUCUGUUUCCUUUUUAAAAAGACCUUAAGUGCAAAUGAUUGCAUUUCAUCAGACCAUCUCUGCUAAACUUGCAAAAAUGGCAUUUUUGGCUCUGGUUUUGGUAUUUUGUGCCUGUGUCUCUUUAAGUGAUUCCGCCUGCUCCUGGACACCUCUAAAUCCAGGGACAAGAUAUUGUGUUGAUCGCUAUGAUAACUCCAAGCAUCCAAUGGGAAGUACUUGGACAAACAAACAAUGUAUCAGAUGUACCUGCUCCCCCCGGUCAAUGGGGUGCUGUGAUGCGAUGGGCCGAGUGACUAACCUCUCUCAAGGCUGCACUGUGAAGUACGAUUACAACAAAUGCACAUUUCAAGUGUAUAAUCCAACAAACCCCAACAUUAAGUGUUCUUCUUAUGGCACUGUUGGAAAAUAAUUUCCAGUAAUCGAGUAAUGUGUCCUUUUUGGAUUAAAUAAACUGUUUUUGGACCCAGCUUGACUACACUGUUAAAAAUAAAAAAAAACCUUGUGCCCAUUUUACUUAAUAAAAUUGAGGCAACUCUUUGCAU